AUGGAGCCGACCGCCAAUGUUCCCUACUUGACGGAUGGUCGUCGUGUCCGUGAAUUUCGCAGAUAUUAUCAAUCCAAGCAUACACGCUACGUCCAGAGCUUCGCCGGCGCCCGCCACGAUGUCACGGAUGCGUGCCCUGUACCACCACCGUCCGAGGCGGACUACACCCUCAGCGCCAUUGCCAAAUGCGUCGUCCACUCCAUCGACGUGGACAAGGUCAUGAUCUCGCUCCUCGACGACAACAUGCAAUACUUCCUCGGCGGCGCCACCAAGGAAACCAGCUCCGUCGUCCUCGGCGACGGGGACCCGAGCCUGUGGUUUGGCUGCCACAGCAUCGGCAUCCGCGGCGGCAUCUGCGAAGUCGCCUGCUCCGUCACGCCCGAGUACAAGCAUUAUCCCUUUUACGUCGUCCCCGACAUCAAAGACGUCCCCCAAUGGCGCGACGUCGUCGGCGACUACCGCUUCUACGUGGGCAUCCCCAUCAAGACGAGGUCCGGCGACAACAUCGGCACCUUGUUCGGCUUCUCCACGCGACCCCGGCCCGACCUGUCACCCGAAGAGAAACUCGUGAUGGAGCGCAUGGCCAGCGCCGUCAUGAACCAUCUCGAACUGGAACUCAGCGUCCUCGAACGCAGCCGCGUGUUGCGCAUGAACCGCAGCCUCGCGGAUUUCGCCUCCAACAAAUCCGUCACCGAGCCGGAGCGAGCCAUCCUCAUGCCCCAUUCCUCCGUCUACAGGAGAGCCGCCGAGCUUCUUCGCUUCGGUCUUGACUGCAGCGGCGUCAUAUUCGUCACCAUGGAUGCCGCCUCCGUCGCGAACCCCGACCGGUCCCACGUCUCCAUCCUCGGGGGCGCCGUCUCGCCCAACAACCGGAUCCCGUGCGACUUCAAAGCCGACGCCCUCUGCGACGCCAUCCAGUACUACCCCGGCGGCCACCUCUUCCACUUCGACAACUCGGGCCGCCCCUGGGCCAUUGCCGAGCAAGAAGAGCCGCCCAGCUCCUUCUUCACGAACCCUUCCCCCGUCGCCCUCGACCGGGUGCUAGACAACCACGAAGACGAGCCGUACGUACAAACCGUGGCCGGCAGCCUGAGGAACGCCAUCCCCUCGGCGCAACAGAUGCUCAUCGCCCCCUUGCGGAGCGUGCGAGAGGGCGUCGUCAGCGCCGCCAUCGCCUGGCGCGACGACUGGCACUCCAUCUUCUCCAGCGCCGUGGAGCUGCCCUUCAUGAACUGCUUCUGCAUCAGCGUCUUCGCCACCAUGCUGCACGAGGACGCCCUCACCGCCAACAAGCACAAGGCCGACUUCCUCGCCAACGACACCCGCCGCUCGCGCACCCAGCAGGUCCUCAUCGAGGACAUCCAAAACUGCGGCCGCGUCCUCCUCAACACCAUCGACCAGCUCCUCGACCUCUCCGACCUGUCCCAGGCCGAGCGCGCGGGCGACUUCUCGGGCGAUCCUGAGGCCAUGGAGAUCACUGCGCCCUCGCGGACGAAAUCCCAGAGGCUCGUCCAGCCCAUUCACGCCGAUCUCGCCUCCUUGUGCGAGGAUGCCGUCCACAGCGUGCUUCUCAGCCAAUCCUUCCACGGCGCCGUGGAGACCAUGUCCAAGGGCGCGCGCCACGACCUCACUGCCCUGUCCAAGGCGUCGCGCAAAAGCCCGUCAUAUCGGUCGACAUCAUGUGCCGCGACUGGCACUUUAUGA